GAUCAUUUUGUGUGACACCCAGGAACCAGGACCUUCAUCGGGCUGAAAAAAUCCAGGAUCUGCAGCCUGGCCAGUCAGGCAGGGGCAAAUGGAGUCCUGCUCGCACAGCCAGUUUGCUGGCAGCAGAUUGUUGCGGCAGUUUUCACAGAGGACCGCAGCCAGCAGGGUAUUGGUGCAAACGCGAUGCCAGGCACCACCGAGGGGGACUGAGUUUGGGAAGGAGUCACGGAUAGGAAAAGCCCCCAUUCCCAUUCCAAAGGGUGUGCAGCUAACGCUGACAAGGGACUUGUUGAAGGUCAAGGGACCUAAGGGAGAGCUGGAGCUGGCAAUUCCUGAAAUUGUGGAGAUCGAGCAGCAAGAGAAUGCGUUGAGAGUGUACAAAAUGGAGGAGAGCAGGAAAGCCAACGAGGUGCACGGCUUGAUCAGGGCGCUGGCGAACAACAUGGUGGUGGGGACGUCGACGGGGUGGAUCAAGACGCUGAGCCUGGUGGGAGUGGGCUACAGGGCGUCCGUGUCGGGCACCAAGCUGGUGCUCAACCUGGGCUACAGCCACCCCAUCGAGAUGGACUUCCCCAAGGGCGUCACCGUUGCGGUGGAGAAGCAGACGACAGUCGUGAUCUCUGGAUAUGACAAGGAGCAGGUGGGCCAGUUUGCGGCCAAGGUGCGUGCCAAGCGGCCGCCCGAGCCCUACAAGCAGAAGGGUGUGCGCUACUUUGACGAGGUCGUGCGCAAGAAGGAGGGCAAGCGCGGCAAGUAG